UGGUUUAUUUCUGGGUUUUUUUAGAUUUGUAGACUCACCUUAUAAACAUGAUGAAGAAUCAAAGAGUUAAGUAACGAUUUCAGGUUAUGCUAUUGAAUCAAUGUUAAUCGACAAUUGAAACGAUAUAUAACAACAUCCUCGUAAUAUAAGGUGAUCCACAAUGUCAGUUCUGGAAUACUCCAAAACCUUUGGUUCCAUGAAACCAUGGAAGAACGCCCAUCGUUGCAAAUUAUGCCCAUACUUUUCAACAUCUUUCUUUUUGAUGAUGAACCACAUCAAGCGCCACCGCACCUCAACCCAGCGUUUUUACUGUGAAAAUACCAAGAUUGAAACUUACUAUUGCAAAGACUGCGAUUUCCAAACAGAAACAACAUUUCUUUUCAAACAACACCUCAAAGAACAUCAUGGAAUUAAAAGAGAAAACGAACAAUACAUUGUUCAAACCUACGUUUGUAAAAAGUGUAGCUUUGAAACCCAUUUUGUGCUUAAAUGGCUUCAACAUAUUGCAGCGUGUGUUGGAAAUAAUGAAAAUUUCAAAACUAAGUUAUUGUUAAAAAGAAAAUCUGAUGACUGGUAUGAAUGUAAAAAGUGUCCAUAUAAAACUCAAGUCAAAGGCAAUUUAAACAGACACAGUUUGCAACAUUUGGAGGAAGUCAACAUUAACUGGUAUGAAUGUGACAAAUGUUCAUACAGGACUAAACUUAAAGGUAAUUUGAAAAGACACACAACGUUGCACCAUGUGGAUAAAGGUGACAUUAGCUGGUAUGAGUGCCAAAGAUGUCAGUUCAGAGCCAAAGAAAAAUCAAACUUAAAUAGACAUAUAAAUGCGCGUCAUUUGGAAAGACAGUGUAUUAAAUGGCGUACUUGCCCUAGGUGCCCUUACAAAACCAAAGAAAACUCCCAUUUAAAAAACCACAUAAAUGCGCACCAUUUAGACGAGAAAGAUAUUAAAUGGUAUGUGUGUGAAAACUGUCCCUACAAAGCCAAAAGUAGUUCAACUUUGAUCCACCACAGAAAACGCCACCACAACAUGGAUAAACAAGACUUCAGCCGCUAUGAAUGCAAAACGUGCCCCUACAAAACUAAAUAUAAGCAGUCGUUGGAUAGACACAUAAGCGCGUACCAUUUAGGUGAACAAGAUAUUAAAUGGUAUGCGUGUGCCAGCUGUCCAUACAGAGCCAAACAAAAUUCGCAGUUGAAAAUUCACAUAAACGCGAAUCAUUUAGACGCGAAGGACAUUAAAUGGUAUGAAUGCAAAAAGUGUCCAUAUAAAGCUAAGCAAAGCUCGCAUUUGAAAAGUCACGUAAAUGCGCACCAUUUGGACGAGAAAGAUAUUAAAUGGCACGAAUGCCAGAAGUGUCCAUAUAAAACUAAAAGACACUCUGAUUUAAAUACGCACGUAAACGCUGUCCAUUUGGAUGAGGAGGACGUUAAAUGGUACGAAUGCGAACAGUGUUCGUACAAAAAUAAGCGAAAGCGGAAUUUAACAAGACAUGUAGGGUUACACCAUUCAGAUGAGGAUAUUAAGAUUCUCAUAACUAAUAUUACUGCGCAUCACUGAAAGACGAAAUCUUGCUAU